AUGCUAGGACUGGACUGUGAGUCCAAACGAGGACAAAUUGGGCUGGAUUAUAGUGCUCGCACGGUGUAUAUCAAGAUUCUGCCUAUAGGAAUUCAUUUGGAAAAAGUUGAAAAUGUUCUGAAUAUUCCUUCUACAUCAGUGAAAGUCAAGGAAUUCGAAGGGAAGUUCAAGGGGAACCAUGUAAUUGUUGGCGUAGACGACAUGAACUUAUUCAAGGCAAUUAGUCUGAAGUUAUUAGCAUCUGAACAGCUAUUGAGGAAGUAUGAAAACUUGCGGGAUAUUGUGGUUCUUGUUCAAAUUAUCAAUCCUGAAAGAAACUCAGGAGAAGACAUUGAGGAAGUGAGAUGGGAGACGUAUGGAACUGCUAAUAGGAUUAAUCAGAUUUAUGGUUCUUGUGGUCAUCAACUAGUGAUUCUAAUUGAUCGACCAGUUGAUCAAUGCAGGGCUCUACAACUAUGGAUGAAGCUAGGGGAAUUAUGUCAUAUUCUCCUCGAAAUAAGUGUGCUAAUCAUUUAUGAAUAUGUUGGUUGUUCUCCAUCUCUGAGUGGAACAAUUGGAAUAAAUCCAUGGGGUAUUAGUUUCGUAGCUGAGGCUAUGCGUUCUACGAUCUCCAUGGAUGAUUUUUUAAGGCAAUUAAGACAUGAGCAGAACUAUAGCUAUGUUCAGUCUCUUGAUGUGGCGUAUUGGGCUCGCAGUUUCGUCCAUAGCAUGGAGAGAGCAUGUCUUGAUCACUAUAAUUAUCAAUGCUGGGGUAUGGGCUUCAGUUUCAUAUCUAAGACAAAUAGGAGGGCUAUAUUUCUAGACUUUGUUGGCAUCCUUGUUCCUCAUUCCUCGACCAAGAAAAACCUUAGUAGUGAAGCUAAAACUGCUCUUAUCACUCUGUGUGAUGAUCCUAAGAACACUGUGUUUAUCGUUAGUGGAAGUGGUAGAAGUUCCUUAACCGAGUGGUUGGCUCCAUGUGAAGGUCUAGGACUAGCUGCUGAACACGGGUACUUCAUAAGGUGGAAGAAAACUUCUGAAUGGCAAUCUAGUUUGGUUGUGGAUCUCGAGUGGAAGGAUGCAAGCAAAGGCUUGGUCACAGAAAAGGUAAUCGCGACAAUGGUUAGCAAUGGUGAGAUCCCUGAUUUCAUCCUCUGCAUUGGAGACAUGUACGACGGUACUUUGAAAAUUGUUUCAUCUGUGGUGGUCCCUGCUGUUCCGGAAAUCUUUUUCUGCACUGUGGAGCAAAAGCCUAGCAAGGCCAAGUACUUUGUUGACGAUACUUUUGAAGUUCAGAAGCUACUCCAGUGGCUUGCUAAUUAA